AGGUUCUCCCAUCAAUGGGAAGACAACUACUAGAAAUCCGUUAAAAAUUUUAAAAAACAAGUGUCGAACACCCAGCGAUGGGAAGAAGUUCCCAUCGAUGAGAAGAGGGCUGCUGAUUAGAAAAUACUUCCUUCCGAGCGAUGGGAUAAACAACCCAUCACUGGUUCCCCCUGACUUCCUGAUUCCCUCUUGACUUUGAAAUGUUCUUGCAAUUUUCUCCUUUAAAUUUUUAAUUCCUGCAAUUUCUACGAUCAAACGUUAUUCACCCCCCCUCUACCGUUGGUCUUUUAUUCUAACAAUUGGUAUCAGAGACUAACUCGCGUCCAAAAUUAACCGUUUGAGAGAAAAGCGAAAAUGGGUUCUUCUUCUAGAAAUAUUUAUGCAGGGAUGGGAGAAGGUCAAUCAACCUCUAGGCCACCGCUCUUUGAUGGCACUAACUACACAUAUUGGAAAGAGCGGAUGAGAAUCUAUAUCCGCUCAACCAACUUCCAAUUGUGGUUGGUCAUCAAGAACGGCGAAGAAACGCCAAUGAAGAAGGUUGGUGAAAAACUCGUCCCAAAGACCGAGGACGAAUUUGAUGCCGAAGACAUCAAAAAGGUGGAGAACUAUGCUAAGGCGAUCAAUAUGCUCUACUGCCCGGUCAACCCCGACGACUAUCGCAAGAUCUCUUGCUGCACAACCACCAAAGAGAUGUGGGACAAGCUGGAGGUCACAUACGAUGGUACGGACCAAGUUCAGGAAGCCAAAAUUGACUUCCUCACGCAAGAGUACGAGAUGUUCAGAAUGAAGGAAGGCGAGAAGAUCGAUGAUAUGUUCGAACGGUUCUCGAAGAUCAUCAAUGACCUUCAUGCACUCAAGAAGACUUACGCCAACAAGGAUCUAGUAAGAAAAAUCCCGCGGAGUCUCACACCCGAAUGGAGGUCAAAGGCCGACGCAAUCUACGAAUCCAUCGGAGUCUCCAACGUCACCAUCGACGGGUUAAGAGGUAAUCUCAAAACUUUUGAAUCCACUAUUCUAACCCCGUCUUUGGAUGAACAAAAGAAGGAAGGAAUAUCGCUCAAAACAACCAAAGAGACGGUGGAAGAAGUCUCAAGCGACGAUGACAACGAGUUUGGACUCGUCAUCAAGAAAUUCCACAAAUUCAUGAAGAAGGAAUUUGAGCGCAAAGGAAGAAAGCACAACGGUCCCCCAAAGUGUUAUGGCUAUGGCGAGAUAGGUCACAUCAAGCCGAGGUGUCCAAGAGGCAAAAACGGCAAGGACAAACCUGACUUCAAAAACAAAGAGUGUAUAUCUCGUGGGGUGGCGACUCCGGCGACGAGUCAACCGACCAAGAAGAGGAUGAAGCCGCCAACCUCUGUCUCAUGGCACACGAAGACCGAAGCGACGAUGUACAAGAUGUAUGUACCAUUUCUUCCGAUUCUUACACUUUUGAAGAGAUGCAAGAAACACUUCGUGAGCUUUACGAUGAAUUUGUUAGCGCUUCAAAAAUCAACAAAUCAUUAAAGAAAUGUCUUUCAUCUCUUGAAAAUGAUUUUGAAAAACUGAAAAAAGAUAAUGAAAAAUUAAAACAAGAAAAUAAAUUUUAUGGAAAAAAAGCGCUGACAAACCGGAAAGCUUUACAAAUGAAUGUGAAUCUUGCAAAGCUUUAAAAGACAAAGUCACAAAACUUGAGAGUACGGUCAAGAAAUUCAAUACUCCACACAAAGAUCUUAACUUACUUCUUGAUACUAUGCACUUUUCUAAGGAAGGGUUAGGUUUUAAUAGAAACAAAGCUAAGGAUAAGAACUUUGAGCAAACACCUAGACAACCUUCUAAGGCUCAACGUAAGAAAAGUUAAAAAUCAGG